CAAAACAACAUAUAUACACACAUAUACUGUAAAAUAAAUAUUAAUAUAUGUAUGUUAUUAAGAAUAAAAUUGAAAAUGGCAUUGGUGAUGACUGUACUUAGGAAAUUAUUCUCAUUAAAGGGGCCCCUGGAUUUCAAUUGAGGGAACAGAAAUAGUUUCAGUCGUUGUUCAUAUAAAACGUUGCUCUAUUUUCCUCUUAGUCAAUGUCUGUUAAUCCUAGUGAUAAGAUCUAAAAGUAUAAGAUAAAAAUGUUUUUGCUACUAUUACUCCUGGGAACAGUUAGAUCAGCUCCUUUAGAUGAAUUUCAGACAUUCGUAAACAAUGAGGAAGUAGCAUUUAAUGAUGAGACUUAUAUCAAAUAUAUUGUUCCAUCCGGUUAUUCUCCACACAAAUCACAAAAACAAUCUAAAGUAGAAUUGUUGGAUUUUGCAAAUAAGGACAAUGAACAUUAUGAGAUCUUAAAAAAACAUAUUCUAGCUGGUAGUAUUAAGAAUGGUUUGACAUUUAAUAUAUACGACGACAACAUGAGAGAAGCAAGCAUUGCUUUGUUUCGACUAUUACAAUAUUCUGAAAAAGAGCAAAUAAGCAAAAUAAAGGAAUGGGCAUUGGAGAAUAUAAAUCAUGAUAUCAUAGAUUAUGCCUGGAGAUUAGUCUCGCUUUACAGAACUGAUGUUAUGAAAGAACAGGAACCACCUUAUGUGUCCAAACCGAACUAUUUCAUAAACAGCGAAGCUAUUUACAAAGCUUUAAAAUUAAAAAUUAGCAACGGAAAAUUCGAUUCUCAAACAGCAAGUGUUCAACAGUUCUAUAGAACUGACGAUGUUAUAACGAUUAAUGCUAACUAUUCCGGAUGGAACUUAUUAAAUGAAGACUGUAACGAUAAACUUGAUUACUUUAGAGAAGACAUAGGUCUUAACAGCUACUACUACGGUGUCCAUCUUCAAUAUCCAUUUUGGAUGAAUAACGAUGAAUUAACUGGCAUUGAUCCAAAAUAUGCAGAACAAUAUUAUUAUAUACAUAAGCAAUUGAUGGCUAGGUAUAAUUUAGAAAAAGAACACCCUGAUUAUAAUAAUUCUCAAUUUGAAUCUAAAUGCUACGAGGACUUCAUACCUUACUUAGUACAUGACAACGGCUUGAACUUUGCAGUAAGAUCAACUAUAAAGAAGGAGAAUAGCGAGGAAUAUGCACGUUUAAAGUCUGUAGAUAUAGCAAUAAGAGAAUGCAUUGCAAGAGGAUUUAUUUACAUGGAAAAUAGCACACGCGUUACAUUAACUGAUGAAAACUUCAUUGAUCUACUAUCAAAAUUAAUUAGGGUAAAUUUGGAAAGCGUGUCUAUGGCAAAAAUAAUAAGAUCUCUUUAUGGUUACGGAGGCAAAGGAUAUUUUAAAAAUGCGUAUGUUCCGGCACCUUCAGUAAUGCAUCAUCCACAAACUACGCUGCGCGAUCCCAUGUAUUGGUAUAUAAUUCAAACUAUGCUAGAUUACUUUAUGGAUUACUCAAACUCAUUGGAACCAUAUAAUUUUUCCAAUUAUGAGACCGAUGAAUUUGUUAUAGUCAACCACAAUUUCACAAAAAUUAUAACUUAUUUUGAAGACUUCCAAAUAGGUCUUAACAAAUUAUUUGAGAAAGGAUAUGAUUUUAGUUUCUCCUCUUUAAUUUUUACGGCUAGACAAAAAAGAUUGAAACAUAUACCCUUUAGCUUUGAAUUUAACGUUGAAUCUAAAUCCAAUAAGUCCUGUAUUGUUAAAUUAUUUCUCGGUCCUAAUUGUGAGGGUAUAAAUUGCUGGAAUGAUUAUUCAAAAUAUUUUGAACUUGAUUCUUUCACUUAUUACAUGGAAGAAGGCCUUAACCUCAUUAAAUGGUCCCCAGAAGCUUCAAAUAAAUAUUCGUAUGAUGAUUAUUUCAAUGUAGGGUUAAAGUCUUUGAGAAAAAAUAAGUUUGAUUUGUUCAGAUUUCCGGAAAAUAUGUUAAUACCUAAAGGAACUGAACAGGGAUUGAACAUUACAUUGUUCGUCUUACUGAUGCCUGAGCAAUAUAUAACUGAAUUUAAAGAGACAGACAUUUUAGGUUUUCCAUUCCACCGACAAGCAUUAGUAAAUGAUAAAUUGCUUUACAAAAAUUACAAGUUUUAUAACAUUGCGAUAUACCAUAAAGAAAUUAAUAACCCGGGAAGUCACUUCUCGGCACAUCUAAAUUAGUUGUUAUAUUUCGAUUUAAUUUUAAAUUUAUUAUAAAUAAUUGAAAAUUAAGAUACAUAUUAAUAUAAGACUAAGUAUAAAAAUCAUAAGAAUAAAAAAUCUACAUUUAUAUUGAAA